UUCCUGGACAAGAAGCUGUGUCCAAAUAAAACAACAAGAAUCGGUAAUUAAACUGAUCAAAGUAAACAGUUGAUAGUAAAAAGGAACGAAAGAGGUCAAUUUUACGAGCAAUCAGAAGUUGGCUGCAAAGCACACAAAACACGAACAGAGACGUCCUCGAGACGUUCGCAUGGAAGAACAAAGAAAUAGCCGGACGAAGUGAAGUGGCACUCGUGCUCGACCAGCACAAUUCACUGGUUCGAAAGUUUUCCAAACAGCAUGGCCGGUCAUUGGCUACUCGUUUUGAGUCGCGAUAACCGAUCAAAUACCGCCUCGGCUAUCGCGACAUCUAAUUUUUCGUCGCCGCUUGAAAACCUCAUUCACGUUGCCUAAUCCCCUCGACACGAAGUCGAUUAAUCACGAGGAAAUCUGUUCUUGAAAGCUCUCUAUAAGACUAAAAGAUUUGUUAUUAUCGCGGCUUAAUGAAUAACGCCGGCGAUAGUUGAUUUACUGCAUGUAAGAUUCGGUUUGCUGAAUUAUCGUUCUUAAAGCGAAUUAAAAAGGAGGUCGUUAAUCAAUGUUAUCCUUUAAUUCGAGUAAAUUUGUAAACUAUCGGUACAUGGAUCUAUUCAGAUUAGAUAGAUAAAUAACGAGCUCGACACGUACCGACGAUGUUGCUUUAAUAGCGAACGCUUUAUCCGGCUGAUUUAUAAAACGUUGGGUCGCGCGGCGAUGCAAUUUUAUCGGCGAGUUAUUUCACGCAAACGGUCGAUUUCUCGGAAAUCCAGGCCGUGCCUUAAUACUUGGGUGGUUAAUCGUGCGCGAUGCAAUAAUUCUGGCCGUAACGUUCGUGUCAUCCCAUCUCCCUCGCGACGGAACACGCGUGAAACGCGGAGCGCGCGCGUAAAACGGAAAAAUAAAGCAACGCGGAACGGACGUCGCGACGUGUCCGGCAUGCAAAUGCGAUGUAAUUCCACAGCGUCAAUUAACAUCGCGCGAGAAAUGAAUCGCAACGUACGGAUACCACGAGAAAACGUGCCACGGCUCGAAGUAGCUCGCUUGGCAAACGACGAGUAAUGUUACGACUACCCGUCCGACGAUUUGCGGUUUCAGACGCAACGCGUACAUAGUUGGAUCUACGCGCGGCUUCUUGAAUUAAGUUCUGAUUGCUUGCUUUAUGAAUAAACAACAGGUUCAACUACCGUUCAGAGUAAGUCUCCGUUCACGGCCAUUCUAUGUUUCGGCCAGUCGAUCGACCCCUAAGUUUCAGGCAGCGCGCCAGCGACUGGAUCUAUAAGAUGUUAUUUCUCUGGUCGAGGGAGCCAGCCCCGGGACCAAGAGCCGGCCCCUGGUUUGCAUGGUUCGCCACAGCUCUACUUCUCUGGCGUUGUCGACGAAGCGUCGCCAAGACGAUCCUAGCCGUAUCGCCGUUAAGAUUGCUGAAGAAACGCAACCUUCUACCAUUGACCAGUUCGAAAGGCUCGUCCACGGCGACACUGACGAAACAACGACAGAGAACAGAAAAUUCGAUAUUGCAACGGAAGCAGCACAGGCACACGGGUAUCAGAACGAAAGUGAAACGGCUAUGUACCGGUGACGGGCCGCACGUGACCAGUUCCACAUUUACAAUCCAGAGCCAGCAAAUUCAUUAUAAAGUGACCAGAAGCGGCAAAAUAUACGGGAAAUAUCCAAACAAGGUCGCCACGCCGGUGACCAACAGCCAGAGAAGCCAUUGAAACGCGACCAUUCCAUUUUCUCCGAUUGUUUAACACCGACGACUCUCGCUUUUGUCCGACCGUGCCCGUUCUCGCAUUAAUCGCGGUUGCUCCUCGCGGACCGAUGUUUCAACUCGAAAAACCACGUGUGCAUGUACGAUACGUAAUCCUGGGUUUGUUCGCCAUAAAGUCAUUUUGUCAAAUGGA